GAACGCCGCCGCAUCACCUGCUCAGAGGGAGGUGCCCCGAAAUCGGCGCAGCGAACGGAGCUGCAGCGCGCCGUACGGCGCGUCGCGCCCUGAGCGCCCUGGGCCCUGAGCUAGAUAGCGCCCUUGACAAGCGCGGCCAGAGGCGGUGCCGCUCCGGCCGCAUCGCCGGGAGCGUGUUUUCAAUGGGCAACUCCCUGGUGGGCAAGCCGGCGAAUGGCAUCGAGACGACCCCGUCGGUGUCCAUGUGGGUCGUCAGCGUCACUGACUUCUUGACCAUGACCGUCCCAUUCCCUAGUCAUGAGCAACUGCUGGUCUGGGGCUGCUGCACCGACGACGGGGUCAGAUGCGCUGCAUUUUUGUGUCGCAUCAAUGGGUUGCCAACAGCCACCCAGACCCUGAUGGCCAACAGCUGUUAGUUCUUCAAGAAGCUCUUCAGAAUAUCAUAGAUGGGAAGCUUGCUGUCUCAAUGGACUUGGCGAGCCACUUGCAAGGGCUCCAGACUUCUGCUCCCUCAGCAGAGAAGACUUCUGCCCUCAUGCGAGAAGCUUUCCUUUGGCUGGAUUGGUUCAGUGUUCCGCAAAUCUAUUCAGAGGGGAACAUCGAGGAGGGCGAGGUCGAGAGCCCCGUGGCCUCUGUGGCCUCGAAGAGCACCUCCUUCGGCUCUCAGGAGACUCAGAUACAAUCGAUUCCAUAUUUUGUGCACAGCUCUGACAUGUUCGUGGUCUUGGCACCUCGACUGAUUCAUAAGGAUACCUCCGCAGUGUGCAAUUGCGCGAGCUGGCUGGCACGCGGCUGGUGUCGUGCAGAGAUGUGGUGCAAGAUGCUCUCGGACAAUCCAAGCGACAUCCUGGUCAUCCUUGUGUCCUCAUCUGAUCAAGCAGAUGUUGUCACCUCCAACUGGGCAGAUGUGCUACCACUGGAUGGCGAUUUCACUGACAGUUCAGAUCGAAAGAAGAUUGCGAUGAUGCUGCAUCACUUGCUUCGUUACAAGCUCCGAGCCUUGGCCGAGGAGCAGAACAUCAACUUGUUUCGCUUUUGGCUUGCUCGCCGUGAAGAAUUCCUGGGGAUGCCGCCGCGCGAACGCUCGUUGAGCACCUUCUUGGACGACUUUCAAUUCCAAUCCUUACAAUCGGCGCGGAAAGAGCAGACUGGUAUGGGUCCUAUGGCAUGUGCUGCGCUGUCUGGCAAUGCUCAGCUGAUCCCGCUUUUAUCCAAGGAGGGCUUUUCCGCCCAGAAGUUCAUGCAGGCGAUGCCUGAGGUUGGCAUUGCAGCAAAGUCAAGCCUCCUUUUCGUGGCAUUGAAGUUCGCAUGGCGCCAGCCCGAGGUCCUGAACGCCUUGCUGGAGGCGAAAGCGGAUGCCAAUGACGUUCAUCGUCCCUCUGGCCUACAUGCGCUGAGCCUGUGUAAAUCACCAGAGGCAGUGGAGCUUUUGGUGCAAAGACGUGCAGAUGUCAAUCAGCCAACCUCUUCUCGCUAUCAGACUUCUAUUCUGAGUCAAGCUUGCAUGAACUGUGCACCUGCACCAGUGAUUUCCAAACUCUUGGAAUUCCGCGCGCGAGUGGACGAUGCUUCUGCCUUCGCGAGCUUGGCUGCGGUGGCCCACAUGAAUCCACAUAGUUUGGAUGUCACAGCCUUGCUGCUGACAGCCAGGGCUGACGUGAAUUGUAGAGGAGUUGCUGCUCAUAGCCGCAGCCGUAAGAAUCUGAUUGGAUGCAAGCUUUUUCCAAGGAUGCCAGAAGUGUCACUGUGUGCUCGCCUCGAAGCUGAGUGGAGCACAAGCCCUUUGGGCUUUGCAUGUUUCUUUGGACGGGCAGAGCUCGCGUCAUUCCUGGUGGAGGCGCGGGCAGACCCGGAGUUGGAGAAUGAGCAUGGCCGAACACCUUUCGAUCUUGCCGAGAGUCAAGAUGUUUUAUUCAUUGCCUUGAGGAAAGGAUUUCGAUACAUUAUCGUCGUGUCAGAGCACAUUAUGGUGUGAUGCGAAAGAUGCUGACCCGUCGAUAAGCUGCUGACGUGUCGAUUGAAUUUGAUUGAGCUGAAGGCUCACCACCCUCAAGACAUGAUUAGGUCCUGGGGGUCUACAUGAUGUGCUUUAGGUUUUGAUCGCUCUACUUGAAGUGCUUGAUCCCUCACUCAAAUGAUUCUCCUCGCGGUUGGCGACAGAUUCAGCAAAUUGC